GUAAAAGAUACUUAGCAGGCGAAAUUAUAUGCAAUUCAUACAGGGAAAUUGUUCUAUUCAGGUUUGUGCAUUUUACUUUUAAGGGGCAAUUUUUUACGUACCACCCAGUAAGUGGGUAUCAGCCCCAGGAGUAAUAGCGAGACUGAAGUGGCGAGGCAAGAAAUCGGUUGGUGCCACUUUAAUCGCCCGCUUUAAAUAAUAGCCGAGUCGAGGAAAUGAUUUAUUAAAAUGCCGUUCUAGUAUUAACUGCUUUCUUUUCCCAGCGCUCACUUCAGUGUAACAUCCGACGCCGAUCGAGACACACGGAUGCCAAAAUGCUCGAAUGUUCCUUAAUCGUUCUUUCCUAACUAGGAGAAGCCACACAGAGCCCCUCUUUAAUUAAUAUUCACCACCGCAGCACUCCGAGGAAGGCUCGCUUUAAAAGAUACAUAAUGUGGAUCUCACGGCCUGUUCCCUAAGUGUUACAAGUUACAGAAAGCUCAGCGCCGCUCAAUCUUCUGAUGCUUUUUCGCUACAGAAACGAGAUCAUGGAAAGGAAGUAUCAUUAGCUCCAAUGAGAAUGAAUGACGAAAAAGCUCUGACGAAUGGAAGAGGAGCCGCUUUUGUCCAAUCAUGGUGUAGCCCGGGAACUUGAAAAAUAUGUAUCAUGGCUGUUUCAACCAAUCAGGUCAAGAGGGGGUUGCUAUAAAUAUCCGCGAUUCCGAUCUGUUUGCUCAUUCAUUUCAGUCUUAGACCUGUAUUGCUUUGUCCCGUUUAUUUGCUGCUGGCGAGAAAAUGGCUCGGACCAAGCAGACCGCCCGUAAAUCUACCGGUGGCAAAGCGCCGCGCAAGCAGCUGGCCACGAAGGCUGCGCGUAAAAGCGCUCCGGCCACCGGGGGCGUGAAGAAGCCUCACCGCUACCGCCCGGGCACGGUGGCGCUGCGCGAGAUCCGGCGCUACCAGAAGUCUACGGAGCUUCUGAUCCGCAAGCUGCCCUUCCAGCGUCUGGUGCGCGAGAUCGCGCAGGACUUCAAGACGGACCUUCGUUUCCAGAGCUCUGCGGUGAUGGCUCUGCAGGAGGCGAGCGAGGCUUACCUGGUGGGUCUGUUCGAAGACACGAACCUGUGCGCCAUCCACGCCAAGCGGGUGACCAUCAUGCCCAAAGACAUCCAGCUCGCCAGGCGCAUCCGCGGGGAAAGAGCGUGAGGCAGCACCUGCUACCUCGUAGCCCACCGCACCCCCUCAUUACCCCAAAGGCUCUUUUGAGAGCCACCACAUUCUCCUCCGGAAGAGCUGGAAUUCGCUUCCGUUUCUAUGAACCCAAGUAAAGUUGCUAAUGUUUA